CACUGCCGUGGGCCCAGCCGGACUGCACCAUGCGAGGCGCGAGUUAGGGGGACACGGGCGCGACCAUCCGCGCUGCGGCGGCGGCGACUCAGCGCUGCCUCAGUCUGCGGCGGGCAGCAGAGGAAUCGCGUCGUGCCUGAGAGCGCAGCUGUGCUCCUGGGCCCCGCGCGGUCCGCCCCCGCGGCUCCUGGCCAGACUGCUCCUAGGACCCCCCUGCCCCAAGCCGCAACCAUGAACUACCUGCGGCGCCGCCUGUCGGACAGCAACUUCAUGGCCAAUCUGCCGAAUGGGUACAUGACAGACCUGCAGCGCCCGCAGCCGCCCCCGCCGCCACCCUCUGCUGCUAGCCCCGGAGCCACGCCCGGUUCCGCGACUGCCACUGCCGACAGGGCCUCUACCGCCGCCCCUAUGGCCUCUCCUGCAGCUCCUAGUCCCGGGUCCUCAGGGGGUGGUGGCUUCUUCUCAUCGCUGUCCAACGCGGUCAAGCAGACUACUGCAGCCGCGGCAGCCACCUUCAGCGAGCAGGUGGGCGGCGGCUCUGGGGGUGCAGGCCGUGGGGGUGCCGCCGCCAGGGUGCUGCUGGUCAUCGACGAGCCGCACACCGACUGGGCAAAAUACUUCAAAGGGAAAAAAAUCCACGGAGAAAUUGACAUUAAAGUAGAACAGGCUGAAUUCUCUGAUCUCAACCUUGUGGCUCAUGCCAAUGGUGGAUUCUCUGUGGACAUGGAAGUUCUUCGGAAUGGGGUAAAAGUUGUACGGUCUCUGAAGCCAGACUUUGUGCUGAUCCGCCAGCAUGCCUUCAGCAUGGCACGCAAUGGAGACUACCGCAGCUUGGUCAUCGGGCUGCAGUAUGCUGGCAUCCCCAGUGUUAACUCUUUGCAUUCUGUCUACAACUUCUGUGACAAGCCAUGGGUGUUUGCCCAGAUGGUUCGACUGCACAAGAAACUGGGGACAGAGGAAUUCCCUCUAAUCGAUCAGACCUUCUACCCCAAUCACAAAGAGAUGCUCAGCAGCACGACGUACCCUGUGGUUGUGAAGAUGGGGCAUGCACACUCUGGGAUGGGCAAGGUCAAGGUGGACAAUCAGCACGACUUCCAGGACAUUGCAAGUGUUGUGGCACUGACCAAGACAUACGCCACUGCAGAGCCCUUCAUUGAUGCUAAAUAUGAUGUCCGCGUCCAGAAGAUUGGGCAGAACUACAAGGCUUACAUGAGGACAUCAGUGUCGGGGAACUGGAAGACCAACACAGGCUCUGCGAUGCUUGAGCAGAUCGCCAUGUCUGACAGGUACAAGCUGUGGGUGGACACAUGCUCGGAGAUUUUUGGGGGACUGGACAUCUGUGCAGUGGAAGCGCUGCAUGGGAAGGAUGGAAGGGAUCACAUCAUUGAGGUGGUGGGCUCCUCCAUGCCGCUCAUUGGUGACCACCAGGAUGAAGACAAACAGCUCAUCGUGGAGCUCGUGGUCAAUAAGAUGGCUCAGGCUCUGCCCCGGCAGCGGCAGCGUGAUGCCUCCCCUGCUAGGGCCUCCCACAGCCAGACUCCUUCUCCAGGGGCCCCGCCCUUGGGCCGCCAGACCUCCCAGCAGCCUGCUGGGCCCCCAGCUCAGCAACGACCCCCACCCCAGGGUGGCCCUCCACAGCCUGGCCCAGGCCCUCAGCGCCAGGGACCCCCAUUGCAGCAGCGCCCACCCCCGCAGGGUCAGCAGCACCUGUCGGGCCUUGGACCCCCAGCUGGGAGUCCCCUGCCUCAGCGCCUACCAAGUCCCACAUCAGGGCCUCAGCAGCCUGCAUCCCAGGCCGCACCGAUGACCCAGGGUCAAGGCCGCCAAUCCCGGCCAGUAGCAGGAGGCCCUGGGGCACCUCCAGCAACCCGUCCACCGGCCUCCCCAUCGCCCCAGCGCCAGGCAGGGCCCCCACAAGCUACCCGUCAGACGUCUGUCUCCGGUCCUGCUCCGCCGAAGGCCUCGGGGGCCCCACCAGCUGGGCAGCAGCGCCAGGGCCCUCCCCAGAAACCCCCAGGCCCUGCAGGCCCCACUCGUCAGGCCAGCCAGGCGGGUCCUGGACCUCGCACUGGGCCACCCACCACGCAGCAGCCCCGGCCUAGUGGCCCGGGUCCUGCUGGACGUCCCACCAAGCCACAGCUGGCCCAGAAACCCAGCCAGGAUGUGCCGCCACCUGCCAGCGCCGCUGCCGGGGGACCCCCACACCCCCAGCUCAACAAAUCCCAGUCUCUGACCAAUGCCUUCAACCUUCCAGAGCCAGCCCCGCCCAGGCCCAGCCUUAGCCAGGACGAGGUGAAAGCUGAGACCAUCCGCAGCCUGAGGAAGUCUUUCGCCAGCCUCUUCUCCGACUGACACCCCCACCCUGAGAAACCCUAAAUCCCUGGGCAAUCCCUCUCUGGGCCCUCAAACCAUUUCUCUUUUGGAACCUCCAAAUCCUUUGAGAACCCCUCUCCUGGUUCUCCAGUAUCCCACUUCUCAUCCUUCAAGAUGCCCAAGUCGCUUUUGAAACCUGGUCCUAAAUCCAGUUCUCAUGUUUGGGAUCCUCAAGUCCUUUUAGAAUCCUGCUCCUGGUCACCCUAAAGAUGUUUUAGAACCUCCAAAUUCCUGGCAACCUCCAUUCCUGGUACUCCUAAAUUAUCACUACCUGGACACUCCCAAGUAUCAAGCAACGUGUUUCUGGCCCUAACACUACUGAAUCCCCUCCUGGAGCCCUGAAAGUCCUGGAAAACCCUAUUCCUACUCCUGAAUCUAGCACUUUGUUCCUCAUCAGCACUUUCCAACUCAAGAAACCCCUACCUCUGAGUCCCUUCCCAUGGAUCUCCCAUCUCUCUGGGGAUCCACAUCUUCAAAUGCCACUUCCCACCCAGCUCCAUAAAGAUUUCCCUUUAUCUACUCCCCCUAACCCCAUUCAACACACUGGGAGUUCCUUCUGCUUCUAGGACCCCUCAGUUCUCCCAGGGACCCCUACCCCAGUUUCCUGCCUCAGACAGCUGUCUUUAAAUAUGCAAAUUCCACCCAUUCUCCCAGAAUCCUUUGCACAUGGAAGACUGGUGGUCUUCUACUUCCCCACCUCUGCUGUGACGUCUGUGUCUGUGACUGAUGUGGCCUCCUCUUGUGCCGUGCUUGGCAUAUGUGGUCCUCGCUCACCGUGCCGCCUGUGGUGAUGUGUGCAGUGAUGCUGUCUGUGUGGUCUGCAUCUCCCUCCAAUCCCCACUCCUUGCCUGGACUCUCCCCACCCCUCAGCGGCUCUGAACCCCAAGAGACGAGUCGGGAAACAAAAUAAACAAGCAAAGGCCCAGCA